AUGGGAAAUCUUGGAGACCUGUCGCCGCAAGGCAGUAUUGCGGUCGGAGUGAUUGUGGGGUUGGUGUCGACGAGUCUACAAGCCAUCGGACUGACGCUUCAGCGCAAGUCUCACCUUCUUGAGGACGAGAAACCGCUGUUCGAGGGUCGUCGACCGCCUUAUAAGCGCCGUCGAUGGCAACUAGGUAUGGGCAUGUUUGUGGUCUCCAAUAUCGUUGGAAGCACCAUCCAGAUCACAACGCUACCUCUACCGGUGCUCUCCACGCUCCAAGCGUCUGGACUAGUCUUCAACACGAUAUUUGCGACUUUGAUCCUUGGAGAGCCGUUUACACGAUAUUCAUUUGCCGGAACUGUCCUAGUAUGUGCUGGUGCGGUGUUGAUUGCGACCUUUGGCGCCAUCAGUGAGCCGCCACAUACGCUGAUUCAGCUGCUUGAACUUUUAAUGCGCCGUCCGUUCCUUGUCUGGCUGGCCAUGACCUUGGUCGUCGUCGGGUUGAUUCUUGCAUGUUCCAAAAUGGUCAAGUACUGCAUUCCUGGAUCGAGGGUUAAACCCACAGCCCCGGGCUUGAUAACGCCAAAGGUACAGCGACUCCAGGCACGGAUAAAACUUUUUCGGGGAAUGUGCUACGGCGCUGUCAGUGGUAUACUUUCGGCCCAUUCCUUACUGCUAGCCAAAUCAGCUGUCGAGCUGCUGGUGCGGACAGUGAUCGACCGCGCGAACCAGUUCAAUCGCUGGCAAUCAUGGGUCAUUUUACUGGGCAUGAUCACUCUAGCUCUCACACAGCUUUUCUAUCUACACCGAGGUCUGAAACUUUGCAGUACGAGCGUGCUCUACCCCUUUGUGUUUUGCAUAUACAACAUUGUCGCAAUUCUGGAUGGUCUGAUCUACUUCAAACAAACCUCGCAACUGGUCGGGAUUUACGCGGCUCUCGUUGCUUUGGGAACACUGAUACUACUCAGUGGCGUCCUUUGCCUCUCGUGGCGCUUGGAGGAGGUUGACAGCACUACCGCAGUCACGAAUGUGGGCGCCACGCAGACCGGAAUCGGACCGGGCAUGGCCGUGCUUGAAGAGCACGACGUUCUGUCUCCCGGACUGCUGAACGACCAAGAAUCACAACUCGGUGAGCGCGAGCCAUUACUUCGCGGAGCCCCCCGUCCGCGACGGCUCUCGUCCGGCCGUCCUAGCCGAGAAUCUAGUGUCCCGUUCAUGCAUACUCUAGACGGACCCGACGCGGCCGACCUCAAUGCGGCUUCAAUCUGGGCCGAGCUCGAUGACUCUGACGAUGGAUCUGCGAAUCCCCACUGGCACUCACCAUAUGAGCGGCCUCGAAGUGCCAGCAGUAGUGCAGCGCUGAAUAGCUCGAUCCGCGGUCUCACGCGGCACUCGACCAUUGGCUCCACACCGCAUCGUCAUCGCUCGCGAGACGGGCGUCGUCCAGGCGCCUCGACGCACAGUGGACUCCGACGCUCAUCCGCUCCAAUGGCCACGUGGAUGGGGACGCUACGACAAAGCAGGGGCUCCCCACCCCUACAGACGACCACCGGCUACGGUGCAAUACCGGAGGGGGAAUCCAGUCCGCAGUCUGGUGAUGAGCAAGCCAGGCCGACACGAGGCUUCUCAUAUAAUUUUUUCACAGGCCCAAAAAGGACACUCGUAGGCGUAUGGCAGCAAACCCGUCAAUAUUUGUCUCCGUGGACUAGCCCGCAGGCGGGCAGUUCAGAACAUACAACCCACACUCCAGCUUGA